AUGUUAAACAAUAAUGCAAUAAUGGAAAUGUGCGAAACGCUAGCCGCGCAAGAGAAUCUUCGCGUGACCGUAAGCGAGUCUCUAAAAUGUGGUUUUAUAGGAGGUUGCGGAGCCCUAGCUGGCGGCCUACUGAGCGGCCCCAUAGGAGUAGCCAUAGGUGGCAGUGUGGCAUCGAUAGCCUCGGCUUGGCUCUCGAGGAACAAUUUCAAAUCCUUGGUAGAUGUUCUCAGGGAGGAUUUGAGUCACGCACAGAAAGAGAAAUUAACGGAUUGUUUAUCUAGAGCGUUAGCUAAUAUUAAACCUGAAGAUUACUUGCAAUUGGCCACUUUGGUUUUAACGAGUGCUUCGCUUAAAGAGGUCGUUAUCAAGGAACUGGGGUGCUUUUUGUUGAAGGAACUUAAUUUGAAAAUGAUCCAGUAG